CGCGUUUGGAUGACGACGGGAGCCGAGGCGGUGCUGCUUUGCCACGUCGGUCUCUGUGCAGCGCACUCACACUGUUGCUCCUCCAGCCCAGCACUAACUUUCAGAGCCGUUUUAUGUUUCCAGAGGAGGAGAGAGCGACCCCCCAGCGUCGCCGUUGCCGUUGUAAGUCGUCGCCACGCCCGCAUAGUGUUGGAUAUUGAAGCUGGGAGGUGGAGAAAUGCCCGUUGCUGUCUGGACUCGUCACACAACUGACUGAUGCAUCCUCGCUCGGCUCAGCUCAGCCCUCCGCAUGUUGUCGAUGUUGUUGACCUUGAAGUACAUGGUGGGUUUUUGAGAGGAACGGUAACUGGCGACCAUGCCAGGAGGCCGCAGGGGUCCCAGCAGACAGCAGCUAAGUCGCUCCUCUCUGCCGUCCCUGCAGACUCUGGUCGGAGGCAGCGUCAGCAAUGGCACGGGCCUCAGGAACAGAAGCAGUAACUCGGUGGGUCUUUCUGCUCCGCCUAUUUCUACUCUCAUCACUCCGGAGCCGGUCCGUCACUCGCGGAUCCCCGAGCUGCCGUUGGACAGCAGCUUCCUGUUUGAGUUCCUGCUCUUUCUCUACCUGUUGGUUGCUUUAUUCGUCCAGUACAUCAACAUCUACAGGACGGUGUGGUGGUACCCCUACAGUCACCCGGCUGCCUCUACCUCACUUAACUUUCAUCUAAUGGACUACCACCUGGCUAUCUUCAUCACUGUUAUGUUAGCCAGGAGGCUUGUUUGGACCAUUGUGUCAGAGGUGUCUCAGAGCAGUGGAGGGUCCCUGUUCCGCUACAUAGUACUUAUUACUGCCCGGCUCAGCCUGCUGACCAUGUGCGGCUGGGUGCUCUGCUGGACGCUGGUCAACCUGUGCAGGAACCACUCUGUCCUUAACCUUCUGUUCCUGGGAUACCCAUUCGGCGUGUACGUCCCACUCUGCUGCUUCCAUCAGGAAGGAGGGAAAAGCCAAGCGCCGGGAUCUGACUGCGAAUACCCCUCCGAACACCAGCAGGCCGACCUCGCAGAGUCCCAGCUCUUCCGACCUCGCGACUUCCUCUUCCUGUUGCGGGAGAACAUCAGAGAACAGUUCUCCAGCCCCCCACACAUGCCCACUCACACCUGCCCGCAGCACAUACACUCGGACACGCCCGAGCUGAUUCGAGCAGAGGUGGAGGAGCUGAAAAGCGACUUUAACCGGCGGAUCAAAGAAGUGCUAUUCAACUCACUGUUCAGUGCUUACUAUGUAGCCUUCUUGCCUCUCUGCUUUGUCAAGAGUACACAGUACUACGACAUGCGCUGGUCUUGUGAGCAUCUGAUUAUGGUGUGGAUCAACGCCUUUGUGAUGCUGAUGAGCCAACUGCUGCCUCCCAGCUACUGCGACUUGCUCCAUCGCUCGGCGGCUCACCUGGGCCGCUGGCAGAAACUGGAGCCCGGUUCAUACAGUAACACACCUCAGCAUGUGUGGUCAGAAAGCACUGUUUGGCCCCAGGGGGUGUUGGUACGACACAGUCGAUGUCUAUAUAAAGCUGUUGGAUCCUAUAAUGUUGCGCUUCCCUCUGAUGUUUCCCAUUCAAGGUUUUAUUUCCUGUUUCAUAAGCCAUUGCGGAUCUUAAACCUGCUGAUCGGGAUCGAGUCCAGCGUGGUUUUGUACCAGUUAUACUCUCUGCUGCGCUCUGAGCGCUGGAACCACACGCUGUCCCUGGGCCUUAUUCUGCUCUGCAACUAUUACGUGCUUUUUAAACUUCUUCGAGAUCGCAUAGUGUUGGGCAAAGCCUACUCCUACCCUCUGUCCGCCAACAGUUCGGGGCUCAAGUCGCAGUAAAGGACAACAAAACCUCACCUACAAACUCUGGAUGUGGAGCUGUGGGCCGGAGGGGGUGCAGACUGUGAACUCAAUAACUGUGUUUUUGAUACGGUUCUAUUUUUAAUGCGAUGUUUGUAUAUGCCUAUUUAAAAGAAUAUUUUUAUUUUGUAUACUAUUUCGUGUUACACCGGGCAUUACUGCUCUGACGAUAGCAUGUUGUUACGUUGUUGCCAGACGACAGGGAAGUCGGGGAAUGCCUGGGGGUGACUUUCACCAAAGAUACUUCAAGUGCAAGCGGCCACUCGCACAUCAGAUGUGGCCCUAAACUGUUAAUAAAGUGGGGAACUCGAGAUGAGAGGAAGGAUUUGUGCCUGAGAUCCAGAUUGUUGUUGUUUCUUCUUGUUAUUAUUAUUUGCUUCAACCCAGACUCUUUUCUCUGCAGGCAGCCAGUGUUUUGGGAGGCAACAGGUUUGAUCAUUUCAGCAUCAAUGCUGCAAUUUGUGACAACCCUUAGAUUCUGCUUUUAAAAUAGUUUGCAAUUUUGUACCAAAUGUUCUCAUUGGCAGAGUUGGAUGGGAAAGGUCACUUAUUUUGUUUUGUUUUGGGAUCAUAACUAAAUUCCUUAGUUUAAUCAAAAUAAAGCUGAAGUAUGCAGCUGUAAUGUGGGCUGUACUGGGUUUUUCAUGUUUUAUUUGAAUAACUCAGCCAUACAAACAUGAGUGACUUUUUAUCCGACUAUACCCAAAAAUGUAUAAAUUUCAAAAUGACAAACUAUUUCUAAAGCAGAUUUUUUUUAGUAGUUUUGUUUGGUUUUGUCAGUAAUAUCAAACUAAGUACAACUGGAGGCAAACUGACCCUAGAAGUCUACAAAAAAGCUAAUUUGAUUAAACUGCGCUAAAUGUUUGUUUCCCCUCUCUUCACAUCAGCUACAGCGCCGCCUGUGGUCAAACCGUAGCGCUCGCACGACAUGGAGGUGUUUAGGAGAGCGUACCGUCAACAGGUGCAUUAUUUAGUUCAAAGCUCUGACAGAUGGCCGACCUAAAUUUGACCUGCUAAAUUCAACUUUCUGUGACAGUGUAGGUUUCUGUUUCAUAGAUUGAUUCCACAGCACUUUAACUCCUGAAUGGGAAUUAAAUGGGAGGAUGGUACAACUUGUAACGGUAAAACGUCCAGUUUAGCUGUUUUGUUGGAUUAGAGUGGAGAAAAUGAAGAGAACGUGGCGAAUAAAGAGAUGUUCUUGGCUGU